AUGGAUUUCAUCGCCGGAGCCAUUGGAGGUAAUAAAUAAAUAAGCCACCCAGCAGCCCGCUGAUGAAGAGAGACAGCUGUGUUUCCUUGCUGUUAACUUUCAGGCAGGUCCCCCACGCCGGAGGGAGAGGGCGAAUGACCUUCAGAGCCCCCAAGGCGGAGGUUUUAGUGGACGCGAGUUCAGCGUGCGUAGGGGCACUUAGUGGAACUCAAAGCUGGCGGCGUCAUUAAUUCCAGGAACCAUUGCAAAUCGGAUAUUAUUUCCGUACGAUUGCAUAUACGUGGUGAGCCCAUAGAGAAAGGCAAAGACAAGGAGGGAUCAGUCGCAGCCGCAGGUGUGAAUCGAAAGAGACUGAUGGGGGAAUUGAAGCAGAAUCUCAAAGGGGCAGGAACUUAAACGUAUGCCUGUGUUAAUGUCUAGAGUGCCAUCUUAUGCAUGAGGCCCCUUGUGCAGCACCUGUAUGACAGGUCCCUGCCUCUAGGGGCUUACAAUCUAAAUGAGAUACACAAGGAAACAACAAAGGAGGUGGGAAAUGGAAGCAAGGAACUAGGGCAGGGGAGACGACAUGGUUAUUUCAAAUACAUGUACUAGGGCAGGAUGAAGGAUGUGGAGUAGGAUUGGGAUCCCCAACAUAGUGCCCAUGGGCACCAUGGCAUUCUCUGAUAGUCUCCUUGGUGCCAGCCAAGGUUGCUGCCCCUCCAGAUAUUUCCCCCCUGUUUUUGUCUUUUGGGAGGGUUGUUUAGUUGUGGGGGAAUGCCUGUUUUGUGUUUUAUUUGUUUUGGGUGUUUAUAGGUGUUUUGCAAUUUGCUGGGGGUUUUUUUGGGUGGAGUUUCUCAGCAACUCCAGAUUUCUUCUGUGCAAUGGGUAUUUUGUGGUGCUCAUGCCAGUUUCUUAGGUUUCCAAAUGUGCCCUGGGACAUAUGGACUAGGGGGAUGAAGGAAAGGCAAUUCCAGAGAGAAAAGGAAAAGGGAAGCAAGGGAGCUGGUGAUGGUGGGACAAAGCAGGGAUGAGAUUAGUCUACACUGGUGAACAGCAGCUGUCCAGGAUUUCGGGCUGGAUUUCUUCCCACAUCCACCUGGGGAUGCUGGGAACUGAACCAGGGACCUUCUGCUUGACACUAUACCAGUGAGCUACAACUCUUCACAGAUGGACCAUCUCGUAAUAGAUUAAGGUUACCAUACCUCCCCGUUUCCCGGGGAAAAGUCCCUGGAUUUACAAACCAGUCCCCAUACAAAAUCCAUGGAAGUUGAAAAGUGUCCCCGGAUUCAUUGAAAAAAAUCUGGUAACCUUAUAAUAGAUGUCCCAUGCAUGCAAGUUGCAGGGAUCCACAGUGCCAAAACAUCAUGCAAUGAGAACAUCCCGGGGUUCCCUAAGGCAUGUUGCCCAUUAGUCUCUUGUUUUAUCUCUUCCCACCCCAACUUUAACAUCAGCUCCAAAGGAGGGCCCAGGCAACAACCCCAUAAUUUCCGUGCACACUUGGCAAAAGGCAAAGGCCAUCUGGUCAGGUCUGGCGUGUGCACUCUGAAAUCGUGCACGCCUUUCCGAAGAAGGAACCUGUGGACAUUUGCUACACGCCAGGUUUUACUGUGUUUAGUAAUGCCACACAGAUGUGCAUUCAACAAACAAAUAUUGCUGAGAUUUGUUCUGGCUUGUCCUGGUGAAGUCUAGCUCUGAUAUAAGCAGUUUGGCAAGAGGCCAAGGCCUGAUCUUGUUACUUGUAAGAUUGCACAAGGCAAAAAAAAAAAGUGUUUGGUGACUGUGAUUCUGAAGAACUAGUGAAAUGUGCGCGCGUCAUCUUUACUAGAGAGGGUUAGAUGAGCAUGGCAUAUGGCUGCAGACUCAGUGUGUUAUUGAUUUACCUGUGCCAGUUCCUGAUCUUAAUUUUGGCAGCUGCCCUUAGCUAUUUGCUCCAGGUGGUUAUUUCUGUCCAUUGAGAGAUUAUGGAUUUAGAGUUGAUUGACACCCAUGUCCUGAAGGAUCACACAGGGCGGUGCUCCUGGGAUGGUGCCAUUCAGAAUACAAGAAGGGAAUUAAGAGCACCUAUUUGCAUGACAUGGCUUUCCCCGGCCCAGUGGCCUCCAAACAUUUUGGACUACAACACCCAUCAUCCCCAGCCAGCAUGACCAAAAGUCAAGGGUGAUGGGAGAUCCAAUCCAAACCUUCUGGCAUUCAACAGGUUUGAGAAGGAUACCGUAGGGAAAGCCUAAAUUGCCUUCAGGACUCUCUUGUGCUAUUUAUGCUAGUAUAGAAUACUGUAUCUUUUAAAAUGCAGUUGAAUCUGCCUUUAAAAAAUCCCCAGCAGUAAAAAUAAAAACCCCAACCUAAUGCUAUGUCUGAAAACAGCCUAACAGUUCUACAUUUAGAUAGCAAGGAUAGCAAUUUUUUUUUAAGGGAAUUAAAGAGAAAUCUGGCAAACUGAAGUUAAGAUUGGAAGAGACUGAGAAAGUGGGAGAAACCAAAACUGACAGAUCUCAGACCCUCCAAGUGUCCCUAUUUUCCAGGGACAGUCCCGGAUUCACACAAGCUGUCCUGGUUUCUAAUUUGAUCCUGGAAUGUCCCACUUUUCUUUAGGUCAUGGGUAGGCAAACUAAGGCCUGGGGACCGGAUCCAGCCCAAUUGCCUUCUAAAUCUGGCCCACGGAUGGUCCGAGAAUCAACAUGUUUUUACAUGAGUAGAGUGUGUCCUUUUAUUUAAAAUGCAUCUCUGGGUUAUUUGUGGGGCAUAGGAAUUGGUUCAUUCCCCCCCCCAAAAAAUAUAGUCUGGCCCCCCACAAGGUCUGAGGAACAGUGGACCGGCCCCCUACUGAAAAAGUUUGCUGACCCUGCUUUAGGUCAUCCCUAUUUUCAUCAGAGAAAUGUUGGAGGGUAUGCGUAAGUUAUACAACCUCCGAGCCAAGGAGAUAAGCAACUAUACAACCUUUGGAUGGUUACCUGUCAUGGAUGCUUUAGCUGAGUUUCCUGCAUUGCAGGGGGCUUGACUAGAUGAUCCUUGGGGUCCCUUCCAACUCUACAAAUCUACAAUUUGAUUCUAUGUGAUCUGGCCCUCUUCUAUUCAGGAAGCACUUGAAGGUCUGCAUGGUUUUUAUUCUUAUUCUUUCCUGUUUCCAGACCUGGUAUACAAGCUGAUAUCCCUAAGCUCCCAGAUCCUAGGACUAGACGCAUGCCUCCACAGCCUAACUCGCAGGGAUGUUGUGAUAAUAAUGAGAUUAGGAUAUGAAUUAUAAUACAUCCUGAGCUUUUGAUGAAGGUGUAAAGCCAGUCUUAAGUAAUUAGAGAAGCUCUAUGCAUGAACAUGCUCUUCCUGUUGGGACACUGAACAUAGUUUGAAGAAUGGGAGGAGGCUCAAUGAGUGUGAGAACCUCCUCUGUAACUUGCUUUGUGUAAUGAUUAAUGUACCUGCAGGCUUCCAUCCAAAUUGAGAAAAAAGAACAAGCUAGCUGCGGUUUAAACCAGCAACUUGGGUGGAAGCUGGUUUUGGGGAAAACACAUCAAAAUGUGGUGCUUCGUUAAAAAAAAAAGAGGGCAAGAUACAUACAGAGCAGACAUCAGACUGUGUCUAAAAUUAUGCGGCAACUCACUAGAUACAGAAUAAAUAGGAGUGUGUACACAGUCAAAAAAUUAAAAGAUGCCUGCUUCUUGGGAGAAAAGCAAUGACAAACCUAGACAGCAUCUUAAAAAGCAGAGACAUCACCUCGCUAACAAAGGUCCGUAUAGUUAAAGCUAUGGUUUUCCCAGUAGUGAUGUAUGGAAGUGAGAGCUGGACCAUACACUCCCAUGUAUGGAAGUGAGAGCUGGACCAUAAAGAAGGCUGGUUGCCGAAGAAUUGAUGCUUUUGAAUUAUAGUGCUGGAGGAGACUCUUGAGAGUCCCAUGGACUGCAAGAAGACCAAACCUAUCCAUUCUGAAGGAAAUCAGCCCUGAGCCACUGGAAGGACAGAUCCUGAAGCUGAGGCUCCAACACUUUGGCCACCUCAUGAGAAGAGAAGACUCCCUGGAAAAGACCCUGAUGUUGGGAAAAAUGGAGGGCACAAGGAGAAGGGGAUGACAGAGGACGAGAUGGUUGGAUAGUGUUCUCGAAGCUACCAGCAUGAGUUUGACCAAACUGCGGGAGGCAGUGGAAGACAGGAGUGCCUGGCGUGCUCUGGUCCAUGGGGUCACGAAGAGUCGGACACGACUAAAUGACUAAACAACAACAACAACACAGUCAAAGUAAGAUUACUCAAAUAGCAAAUAAUUUUGACUGCACCACAGGCAGGGUAGGGGUGAUUACAUGACUCCACCCUAAACCAGACACAUCUUUUUUUUCUUAACCUUGUGAUUUAUUAUAGAUAAAAUGUUUCUUGUAUAUUGGGGAGCAGUAGAAACUAGUGAGAAUCUGGUGCUGCCUGAUAAGCUGUUGGCCAAUGUUACAAGAAAAAACUGCUCCUUUUCUCUUAUGGGGUACCCAAGAGCCCGUAUAGAGUCCUUAUGUAGGUUCUCUAUCAGUAGGAGAAAAUAACAGAGAAUAUUGAGAAGCAAAGCAGCUAGUAAGCCUGAUCUUUAUUGAUCUGUUGCAACAGGGUGCUCACACCCCCCCAUGCACACAGGAGGGAGGAGGAACCCAGAACAAUGGUGUGCAAGCUCUUAUAUAGACUUUUGAAAUUGCCACCCUGUAGCUCAAGACUACCUCCCAAUACAUCAUACAUACAUCACAGAAGGGGCAGUCUACAGCAGAAUCCUGUCUGGCAGGAAACCUGUUGAUGGGUUUACCUGGAGAGCCUGGCCAUUCUUUUGUGAUGAUAAAUACUUAAUUCCUGAGUCUAGGUCACAGGCUCACCCUAUUCAUACACAAAUGUGCCCUUAAAGCAAGAUUUGUGAGCACAGAGACAAUGGGGAGGCUUUUCCCAUUUUCAUCCAAACUGCAGAGAAAUAUUUGAGGUCACUGAAAGUGUCAAAAUUGCUUUAGGACUGUUUUCCUGUACUGUUUCAGACAUGUGGUUUAUAUAUUUAUGUAUGUGUUUGCCUGGUACAUUUAUGAACAUUUAUUUUAUAUCUUAGACCUUAAAAUUCUCAUAACACCAAGAACAGCUGAGAACAGACCAAAGGAACCUUGGAAAACCAUCCCAAGCUCUUAAUUUGACCUAACCAUUAGCUUCUAUCAAUGGCAGCCAAGAGCUGCAUGCCUGAAUGAGACCUUUCUGCAGAUUUUGCCUUCUCUGUGUGGUGUAUUCAGUAUUUUGCUUGUGUAGGUUGGGCUGUGCAAACAGCACAAGGGACUGGCUCGAGCUGUCUCAGUUCUGCUUACAGACUGUGUGGGUAUCCGGAGACUCACUUUGGAGGGGAGGAGGGGCACAGCGGAGGGGGGAGGUCGGUGCAGUGCAGGUGCGCUGGUGGAGUCCUGCCACUGCAGCCACACUGUGCUGGCCUUCCCAUUACCUCGCCUCUCCUGGUGAGCAGCAACAACACAACUGCUGAGAACUUAGCACUGCACCUCCAUCCCUCAUUGGCCGAGCUUCAUCCGACUCAUGUCAAAGAAGAGGAUCAGGGAAACACACUUGAUUGUGUGUUGCAGUUUUGAAAAUUGUGUUGCUGUCCCCUCCCGGGUAGAAUAGAGUGCCAUUAUUUAUUCUCCUUUCCCAAUAAUGCAGUGUGUUCUGUAAUAUGACAUAGAUGCAAUAAUGGGGAGAUAGUGGUGGAUUUAGGUAAGGUAAAGGUAAAGGUGGGACGCGGAUGGCGCUGUGGGUUAAACCACAGAGCCUAGGACUUGCCGAUCAGAAGGUCGGCGGUUCGAAUCCCCGCAACGGGGUGAACUCCCAUUGCUCAGUCCCUGCUCCUGCCAACCUAGCAGUUCGAAAGCACGCCAAAGUGCAAGUAGAUAAAUAGGUACCGCUCCGGCGGGAAGGUAAACGGCAUUUCCAUUCACUGCUCUGGUUCGCCAGAAGCAGCUUACUCAUGCUGGCCACAUGACCCGGAAGCUGUACGCCGGCUCCCUCGACCAAUAAAGCGAGAUGAGCGCCGCAACCCCAGAGUCGGUCACGACUGGACCUAAUGGUCAGGGGUCCCUUUACCUUAAAGGUAAAGGUAAAGGACUCCUGUACGGUUAAGUCCAGUCAAAGGCGACCAUGGGGGGCAAUGCUCAUCUCGCUUUCAGGCCGAGGGAGCCAGCAUUUGUCUACAGCUAGCUUUCCAGGUCAUGUGGCCAUAAUGACUAAACCGGCUCCUGUGCAACGGGACACUGUGUCAGAAGCCAGAGCGCACGGAAAUGCGGUUUACCUUCCCACCACAGCGGUAUCUAUUUUUCUACUUGCACUGGCAUGCUUUAAAACUGCUAGGUUGGCAGAAGCUAGGACAGAGCAACAGGAGCUCACCCUGUCCCAGGGAUUCAAACUGCCAACCUUCUGAUCGGCAAGCCCAAGAGGCUCAGUGGUUUAGACGCAUCAUUCCCCUUUAUUAGCUGUUGUGUGGCGCUUCCCCAGUGUUUCGGCAUUAUUGCCGUCAGGAGGGACAUUCUUGCACCGUAGCACAACAGACAUGGGGCAAUAAAAUAAAAUACGUCAGAACAAGUUGCAGGAUUUUAGCAGGAAGUUACGAGGCUGGCACUGAUUGGAAACAAAGCAGUAUGCCCACCCUGAAACUUUUGCCGGUGGUGCAAACAACGUUGGUGACUGCCCUGCUUCUUGAGUCUUGAGACCUCUGCCCCAAUAUCACCUUGAGUUCAAAUAAUCAUGGCACCAUGAGUAAUAGAGCCAAGUGGAGAGACCGGGAGAGGAAAUGAGGGAGAGGACCACGCCUGUGCUCUCCGUACGGCUUACCCAGAGCAGACUGGCAUGUGAGCCCACACAGAACUCAAUACAGUGGUGCCCCGCAAGAAGAAUGCUCGCAAGACGAAAAACUCGCUAGACGAAAGAGUUUUCCGUUUUUUGAGUCGUUCCGCAAGACGAAUUUCCCUAUGGGCUUGCUUCGCAAGACAAAACGUCUUGCGAGUUCUUGCGAGUUUGUUUCCUUUUUCUUAAAGCCGCUAAGCUGCUAAGCUGUUAAUAGCCGCUAAGCCACUAAGCUGUUAAUAGCCGCUAAGCCGCUAAUAGCCGUGCUUCGCAAGACGAAAAAACCGCAAGACGAAGAGACUCGCGGAACGGAUUAAUUUCGUCUUGCGAGGCACCACUGUAAAGAUCUUAGUUCUAAUCUAAAGCCUGCAAGUGCUUUGUCUUAGUGAAACAAUCAUGAAUGCACAAUGAACAGGACGUCCGGAAGGACCCCAUGUAAGACUUGCUUCAGAGUAAACACGCUUAGGCUCAUGCUGUAAAUAGAAUUCCUUCUGAGCAGUGGAGAAGUUUCAUUCACUGGGGCUGAGGAAGGCCUGCCAGCCUCCCAUUGUGCCUGUUUGUUUUGCUUCUCCAGCUGUGGCAGCAGCUUUGAGCUUCCAUCUCCCCAAGACUAUUUUAGGCCCUAGACGCGUCUAUGGGUUGCUAUAUCUGGAGUGUGGAAAUCCCUGGAGAAUGCUAAAUCCAUGUUUUUACUGCUGCUCUUGGAGCACUCGCAAAGGUCAGUUGGUGUCCAGAAGGGCUCUGUUGAUGAGUCUGGCUUGGGAGAUUAUUCCUUUGCUUUGCCUCAGCAUCAACAGUGUCACACUGGGACUGUGUUCUCUCUGUCUCUCUAAGAGCAAACUCCGUGCUUCUGCUGCGUCGACAGGGCUGGACCCGAAAGAAGGCCACUGUUAAGGGAAGAGAGAGGUAAGUAUCAACACAUUUGGAUGAAUCCCAAGAUAUGCAGAAGUAGGUGGGGAGCAGCCAAGGGGACAACUCCACCCCACAAACAGCCCAAUGAGGAUUGAGCAUGUUCAGUGGUCACCUAGGAACAACUAGGGUGGAAGCAGGCAUUGCAUUACUUUAGCAAGAUCCUAAUACCUUAUAGUUCUGGCCCGUGGACUGGGUAGAGCCCUGAACAGCUUCAGGCACCUACCUUUGGUGACCCAAUAAUGUAUGCAAAGUACCACAAAGCACAUGAGUGCGGACUGUGCAUUUGGAAGUGCAGGUUAAUGUGAACUGCAAGCACUAUGUUGCAUAUCGCCCCAAUCUCCCGAGUGGUGGGAGAUUCCAGGGGUUCCUAGUGUUCACCUUGGGGUCGUUUUUCUUUUUAGAAAUGAGGCACAGUGGAGACUGUGGUGUCUUUAUGAUAUAUGGUUCAUUUACACAUAGAUACAACCUGAGCCUACAGUGUAGGGUUCACAGCAUUAAGACCCCAAGAGAGUUUUGAUUCUCCCAUAGCUACAGCUUUAGAUUCAAACAUAAAUAACCCAUCGUGCUCUGAUCUUGUCUUCAGCUUGCUGUCUUUACACUUAAGCUCUACCUCAAGCUUUGUCUUUGUCUUCUAUCUUAGAGCUGAAGUAGGAGCCCCACCCAUUUGCCUCCUCUCCUUCGCUUUCUUAAUGGCCCAUUACCUUUCCUUUGUUCUCUCAAUGGCCCAUCUCCCAGGUGAUCUCCUGAACAUGGGAAGCUGGGUCCAGGAAUUAGAAGUCUGGCAUCCAGGUUAACUCCCCAAGCCUUGAUUAAAUACUAACACUUACUCGACCCAGGAAUUUAGGGGAGGCCGGCACCCGCAAACUCAUAACAAUAAACCGGUUGUAGAGUAAAAUGUGGGUACAGAUGUCUGGAUGAAAAGCAGCUUGCAAAAACCUAACCACAUGAGAAGCAUAACCACAUCUGAGGUUUGUAUUUACAUUAUAAUUACGCUUAUGGUCCUUCACAAUUUUCUCAGAUUGUGGUACAGCAACAUUCUCUUCUCUGUAAGAACAGUAGUCAGUUUAUUAACUUUGCUGCUUUCCACAUAAACAAGCCUAUUAGGAAAGCUGUUGUAUUUUUGUCCAGCAUUUUUUGCCUUGUCAAUGCUGUAGUCUUCACUAUAUCAGAAGGCUAUAAUAUGCAGCAAAAUGUACAGGGAGAAAUCAAUAAAUACCAGCCCAAUUGCUAUGCUCUGCCUCACCUGUCAGAGACCGUAUGCUCCUGAAUUGCUGGGAAUCACAAGUAGAGAGAGUGUUAUUGUCGUCAGGUCCUGCUUUCAGGCUUCAUAUAGGCAUAUGGUUGGCCACUGUGAGAAUGGGAUGCUUUCACUAGACCUGCCUGAUCCAGAAGUUGCAAAACUGGGCUUCUCUUUCCUGCAGCUCUUUCCCUAAAGCUCCCUCAAUCUGCUCUGGAAGGUUGGGGGACUCACCUGGAACAAAUUUUGCUGGGUGUGUGUGUGGAGAGAAGAGAUAUAUGAGAAAUAGGGCUGGCCCACGCAUGAGGCAAGGUGAGGCAACCACCUUAGGUGGCAGGACCCACAGAGGCAGCAGAUCCCAAUGUAGAUCUUUAUUCCCCCCCUUGUCCCUGAUGUAAUCUUCACUCACUCCUUCUUCCCUGGUGGGGAGGCAGGUGCCAUUUUGUGGUUCGCCUCAGGUGUAAAAAUGUCCUGGGCCAGCCCUGACUGGAAGUCGAAUUGUGCAACUGAAUGGAUUUCAGUUGCACAAUUGGGUAGACCAUCACUGGAUACCACCCAUAAUAGUUCUCUUUUGUACAAUGAUCAGUUUGGAUUCCUCCUCCUCCAAGUAAACAUAUGUAAUAUUUCACAUCCCCCUCCCUUUAUUUAUGUAUAGUUCUCUUUAAAAUGGUAUGUAUUUGAAUCUUUGAAUGUGCUAUGUGGAAAGGCAAUUUCCCACCAAACAACCACAUAAACGUCUUUGUAUUCUUGUAAAUAUAUAUAGCAAUACCGUUUGUUGCUAAGGAAGUACAAAGAAUGUGUACUGUUACCAUGCUUUAUAUGUGCCAAUCAACCUUAUCCCCUCCCUGACGCAUUUCAAUGCUAUAAGCUAUGAGCUUAGUAGACACAAUUCUCAAAACCUGGCUAUACCAGUUUAUGGGUUGAAAGACUGCACCCCAACACACCCUUUAUUGUACUUGCGGUGUUUGUUGUACAACAUGAACCAUGCAUAUUGUGCUGUAGCGGAGAGGUCUGAAUGCCCAGGCCCUCAUUCAGCAGCCUCCCCCAACCUGGUGCCCCCAGAUGUUUUGUACGAUAAUUCCCACCAGUCCCAGCCAGCAUGGCCAGUGAUCAGGGAUGCUGACCUACAAUCCCCAAUUUCAGAGUAUAUUUUUUGUUUUGUUUUGGAGGUGGGGUAGAAUUACAAGGGUGGACCAUGUGCGGAAUUAUUUGACAAGGUUAAUGGUAAGGUUACCAGAUUUUUUUCAAUGAAUCCGGGGACACUUUUCAACUUCCAUGGAUUUUGUAUAGGGACUGAUUUGUAAAUCCAGGGACUGUCCCUGGGAAACGGGGACGCCUGGUAACCUUAGUGGUGCAAUUCUAUACUUUGCAAGGUGCUACUUGCAAGUAAGGGUAUGUUCACAUUAGCAGCUUAAAAUGUCAUGAGGUUAUCUCCCCCUCCCCCAUUGUGUUUUAAGUCGCAUCUGCAUGGUGUUGUACACAUCAGAGAGGGAGUGGAGAUGUCUUCACCCAAUGCACUUUUUGGUUCUCCUUCAGCCCUGCCGGAACUCCUGUUCAUGACAUUGCCAUCUGUCCAUAUGUGCUCAUUUUGUGCAUGUGCAACAGCUGUCUCAAAUGUACACACCUGUCUUAAGUGCAAAGUGAAUGUGGCUUAAGUUUUCUGGUGUUACUGAGGUUGGUUCUCUGUGAGGUGAAUGUAUUGCUUCUGAAACAAUUUAACUUACAGAUUCAGGUAGGUAGCUGUGUUGGUCUGAUGCAGUCGAAAUAAAGGGCAGUGUCCUUCAGCUCUCUAUAUUGGACAAACAGGCCAAACCCUACGCCAAAGGAUAAAUGGACAUAAAUCUGACAUCAGGAAUCACAAGACAGACAAGCCAGUAGGAGAACACUUCAAUCUCCCCCCCCCCCCAAUAUAUAAGGGUCUGGUGACUUCUGUUUCAGUGUAUCUGAAGAAGUGUGCAUGCACACGAAAGCUUAUACCCAGAACAAACUCAGUUGGUCUCUAAGGUGCAAUUUUUUAAUUUUAAAAAUUUAACUUACAAUGUAACUGUUUCAGGUGGUGUUAGUGCUGCAGUCGGAUAUCCAUUGGACACAAUCAAGGUAUUUCAAAGUUUAGUUUUCUUAACUACAAUAAAAUCUCCCAAGUCACAAGGCAUAGCCAACUCCCAAGUCACAAGGUAAAAUGGAGAGAACUCUUCUCCACCCCGUUUCAGAGCUGAAAGCAGCUAGGAUGAGUGUGUGGGGCGGUUCUCACCACUGCAGUGGUUUCUCUACCCAACAGCUAAUAAACCAUGGUUUGCCAGGAGGAAUUCCAGGGCUCCUCCAUUUUCUGCUUCCCCAGCUGCUCCCAAUCCUUUCAUCAUACUCUCAGGACCAAACUAGAAAUUACAUUGUGAGAUCUGUAGGUGCCUCCAAUCUUGUCCCUCUUUUGUGGGAGAGAUUCAAGCACAUACUACAAAUUUAGUUUUGCGCAAUGGAUUAAAGCAUUCUGUUGCCCUAGUGCAGGGGUAGGCAACCUAAGGCCUGGGGGCCGGAUGCAGCCCAAUUGCCUUCUCAAUCUGGCCCGCGGACGGUCUGGGAAUCAGUGUGUUUUUACAUGAGUAGAAUGUGUCCUUUUAUUUAAAAUACAUCUCUGGGUUAUUUGUGGGGCAUAGGAAUUUGUUCAUUCCCCCCCCAUAUAGUCUGGCCCACCACAUGUUCUGAGGGAGGGUGGACCGGCCCACAAUUGAAAAAGGUUGCUGAUCCCUGCCCUAGUGCAAUAAAUUCACUUUUCAUGCUGAUUUGAUGCCUUACCCACUUGCAGAAUUACCAAUGAAAUGUUUCUUUUCCCCAAGAUGAAAUGAAUGACGGAUUGUCCCAUUUAACAGGUGAGGAUUCAGACUCAGACAAGUUAUCGUGGAAUAUGGCACUGUAUCAGAGACACAUACAGAACUGAAAAAGUACGUAUAGUAAAAUUUCCUGUUGAUGAAGGGGAAAUUUGCUUCAUCAUGUCUGCUUGACUUGGGGCGGAUCCACACCAUACAUUUAAAACAAAUGACUUCCUCCAAAGAAACCUGGGAGCUGUGGUUUGUUAAGGGUGCUGGGAAUUGAGGUUGAUGGGGCAAAUUACAGUUCCUAGCGAAAAACCCCCACAGUCUGUCCAACAUUAAGGAAUGGCUUUAUUACAAUGACUCUGGGACAGAGCUAUUGUGGCCUAACACGGCAUAUUUCACACAGUUGUGUGAAUGGCUGAAUAACAGUUAAUUGCAGACAUGGGUUGGAUGGAAAAUGAGGGAAGGGAUUUUUAACACUUUGCCCUCUGCAGCAGUCCUGAAACAGAUUGCUCCCCGCACAUCUAUUUUAGCAAAUGGGAGCUUUCCACCUGCUGCGAGUGCAAAUAAGAGACUCUCAGUCCAAUUCAGGGAUGUAGCGUGGGGGGAGGUCAAGAGGUUAAAAAUCCGUUUCCCACACCAAUGUUUCAAUCUGGAUUUGGUCCCGAAUCCUGAAUUCUAAAAACCCCUUUGUGCAAUUGCUAACUGCAUCGAGGGUUAGGGUUUGGCCCUAAGGCUAAGGUUGGUUGUGUUUAAGAAUACCUGUGAACAAGAACCUGAUUCCUGGUGCAUUGGGCCUCAUAAGCACCUAGAACAGAGCUGGGAAUCCUGGUAUCCUCCAGAUGUUGCUACACUACCACUCCUAUCAUGGCUGGAAUUGAUGGGAUUUGGAGUCCAACAAUAUCUGAAGGGCCACAGGUUACACAUCCCUGACCCUAGAGGUUUCAUAGAAUCAUAGAACUGUAGAGUUGGAGGGGACCAUGAGGAUCUAGUCCAGUGUUUCCCAAACUUGGGUCUCCACUCGAGAGCCAGUGUGGUGUAGUGGUUAAGAGCGGUAGUCUCGUAAUCUGGGGAACCGGGUUCACGUCUCCGCUCCUCCACAUGCAGCUGCUGGGUGACCUUGGGCCAGUCACACUUCUCUGAAGUCUCUCAGCCCCACUCACCUCACAGAGUGUUUGUUGUGGGGGAGGAAGGGAAAGGAGAAUGUUAGCUGCUUUGAGACUCCUUAAAAGGAGUGAAAGGCGGGAUAUCAAAUCCAAAUCCAGCUGAUUUUGGACUACAGUUCCCAUCAUCCCUGAUCACUGGUCCUGCUAGCUAGGGAUGAUGGGAGUUGUAGUCCAAAACAGCUGGAGACCUAAGUUUGGGAAACUCUGAUCUAGUCCAACCCCCUACAAUGCAGGAAUCUUUCACCCAGCGUGGGGCUUGAACCCACAACCCUCAGAUUAAGAGAGUAAUUCUCUACUGACAGAGCUAUCACCUUCUCCUUUUCCUCGAUAAGUACCAAACCUGAAGACAAACUGUGGGGUGUCCUUUAUUCUAUUAUAAUUAAUUUCCUUAUUACCAGAAAGCCAAAGAAAAAACCCAGCUGCUGUGACUUUCAUAUUAUGGAGACUUGGGAAGGUUAGGUAAGAUUAGCUUGGCUAACACUUUCUUCUCACUUUUCUAUGCAAACCAGCUGCUAGGUUUCUACCGAGGGGUGUCGAUGACUGUCAUAACUGCAUCGUUUAUUACAUCGUUCUCUUUUGGCAUCUACAAAAACAUCCUUUAUAACAUCUGCAGAUUUCGAUAUGGCUCUGCAGACAGAAAGCCAUCAAAGGUAGACGUGUCUUUUGCAGCAGCUUCUACUGGUGCAAUCCGGGUAGGUUACGAGUCAAAUAAUGUUUUGUUUUGUUUUUAACUGCAAGGAAUGAAAGUUUAUGCACAAAUUCAAUCCAGUUGGGAGAAGUCCAAAGCCACACUAUACACGUAAAGCUAGGGCUGCCAUACAUUAUUGGGAUUUCAAAGGUGGAAUUGACGUCCGGCGGGAACGUCAAAGGCAGUGCUUUGUCCUAGAUCAGGGGUCAGCAAACUUUUUCAGCAGGGGGCUGGUCCACUGUAUCUCAGACCUUGUGGGGGGCCAGACUAUAUUUUUUGGGGAAAAUGAACGAAUUCCUAGGCCCCACAAAUAACCCAGAGAUGCAUUUCAAAUAAACCCAGAGAUGCAUUUCUACUCAUGUAAAAACACGCUGAUUCCCAGACCGUCCGCAGGCUGGAUUUAGAAGGCGAUUGGGCUGGAUCCGGCCCCCGGGCCUUAGUUUGCCUACCCAUGUCCUAGAUCUUAGGCAAGUCAAUCAAUUAAUUUUGCCGUUUUUGGUCUUCGGGGAUUUAUUGAAUGGGAUGAGGGAUUUAUUCAAAUACAGACAGGUAGACUUUAAUUAGAAAUAAUGAACUGUUGUGAAGUUGGCGGAAGUCCACAAUAAGUGUGUUUAAUUUUUUAAAAUGUCUGAGUUUAUUGAAGAAUGAACUAAUGUUGUUUUAUGUAUACUCCCUUUUUUCUUUUCUUUUUCUUUUCUUUCUUUUUAAGAAUUAAAUGUACUUACAAAAGGUAUAUAUUUAUAUCCCUUACUUCUUUCUUCCUUUCUGGAGUUUCUGCUUUUAUUCUUUUAUUUUUUGCUCUCUCUACAUAAGCUUUUGUAUUUUCUUUUUCUUUUUGUUUAAGUUUGUGCAUUUUGAUUUAUGUAUAUGUGCAAUACAAUCAAUUAAAAAAAAGGGCAAGUCAGUCAAUUAAUUUUGGCGUUUUUGGUCUUUGGGGUGUCCUGGUAAAGCACUCUUAUUCCACUUUAACAGUCAUGCCUUCUCCCAAAGAAUCCUGGGAACUGUAGCUUCUUGUGGCUGCUGGGAGUUGUUAGGAGACCCUUAACAAACUACAGUUCCCAGGAUUGUUUGGGGGAAAUCAUAAAGGUUAAAGUAGAAUAGGGUUGGCACCUGUCUGUCCUGGGAGACAAUGGAGGAGUGCACCUUUGGGGAUGAAGUGAAACCAUUGGUGUGGCUGUAGAGACAGAUAUGGGAGAGGCAUGUUUUACUGUAGCCGGGGCAGAUUCUGCUAUGUAGAAGUAGCUAAAGUGGUGCCUUCUGGUUAUUGAGCACCAGCCAGUAUGGCCAGUGCUCACAGAUGAGGGGAAUUGUAGUCCAACAACAUUUGAAGAGCACUAGUGUUAGGUACUUGCCGGCGUGAUUGCUUGAGAGCGAACAGGCAAGACCCCCACUGGUCUUUUCAAGGCUUUAUUAUUGGUGCAAAAACAUUCACAGUGCAGAACGACUCACUUCCAUGUCUGCUCAGUCACUAGCAGAAUCUGGGAGUGGGCGGUCCUUAAACUUUCCCCAGCAGAGCAGUCUUUUGACCCCCAUUCUACGCGUCCCCUCUCUGCGCGUAAAAUGACUGUGCAGAGAGGGCAUGGGCAAAGGGGGACCUGCCUCCCCCACCGCUUUGCUCAGACUUGGUAUUAUGGCUCUCCCUUGCAUCCUCCGAGCCCUGCAUCCCUUCCCCACUGGAGGUGUGGCUUCCUUCCUCCCCGGAAGAAGAGCUGCUUCUCACGCAACUGCCCUUCCACCUCUCACCUCUGAGCUGAUGGCAGUUCCCUGACAACUAGAUUUGGCUUCUCCUGGUACAGACCAGUAAUGGUGUUCAUGUAACGUGUUAUAUAUUAAGCACUGAAGUUUCUUGAUUACCGAAAGUGAUCCCUGUGGAAAACAUCCGUGUUAUAUCAUCUGUCCCUCAUCAUUUUGUUGUUGUUAUGUACUUUUGUGUUUUCAUUGUGUAUUUUAAUGUUGCAAACCGUCCUGUGAUCUUUGGAUGAAGGGUGGCAUAUAAAUUUUUAUAAAUAAUAAAACAAGAUAGUAUUACUUGUGUAAUUAGUUUCCAGAAGACUAUGCAUGUUAGGCUCUUGCAGUGAAAUGUCUGAGCCACCAUAUUUUUGCUCUGUAAGACACACCAGACCAUAAGACGCACCUAGUUUUUGGAGGAGAAAAACAAGAAAAAAUAAUAUUCUGAAUCUCAGAAUCCCUCUUGCUGUUCUGGCUUCUGGGAUAGCUGCAACCUGUAUUCGCUCCAUAAGACGCACACACAUUUCCCCUUACUUUUUGGGAGGAAAAAAGUGAGUCUUAUAGAGCAAAAAAUACUGUAUAUACACUAAGGCAGGCAUGUCCAAAGUCCGUUUCAGGGGCCUAAUAUGGCCCGCUGGUCAAUGUAAUCCAGCCCGCCUGGAAGUAUAUGUCCUGGGGUAAAAUCCCCAAAAAAGCUCAGCACUGUAAAAAAAGCUCAACAACUACAAUCCUAAAAAAAUCUCAACAGCUUUGGGGUUAAGUCCUUAAAAGAGCUCAACAACUUUGGGGUAAAAUUGUGAAAAAAAGCUCAACAACUUUGGGUGGCCCUCAUGCAAAUCUGGCCCUCUUUGAAAAAAGUUUGGGCACCCCAUAAUACAUGAGUUUGGACCCUAGGCUCUGUAUCUUCAUGGUCUGGUCUGGGGAUGUGUGGGUGAUGAGCUUCUACAGGAAACAUCUCUUUCUAGACCACUAAUUCCUAAUUACACCCUUCAGGUUGUGCUAAUGUCACCUGCAGAGUUGGCCAAAGUGAGACUCCAGAUCCAGAAAGAUCCCUUGGCUAUUCCACCCCACGUCCUGAUCUCCAAGCCUAAGUACCAAGGAGCUGUGCACUGCCUGCGGACCGUCGUGAAGGAGGAAGGUUUCAAGGGUCUAUACAAGGGGUCUUUGGCUCUGAUGUGGAGAGACUGCUGCUCAUCUGUCGUCUAUUUCCUCACCUACAACGUCCUGUGCGACUGGCUUACUCCAGCGGGAAAAGACAGAGCAGGUGUGUGCAUUAAAUGAGAAGGGUUUAUUUCAGGAGUUUUGAAAAACCUGUCUUCAUAGCUUCUGCAUUUGAGUCACCACAAUUCUGCAACUUUCGUAUAGAGUGUUUGUUCCUGGCACUAAGUUAUCAUGGCUAGCAGCCAUUGAUAGCUGCCUGCUCUGUAAAUUUGCCCAAUGCAAAUUGGUUGGUGGACAUUCUGUGGGAUAAAGUUCCGUGGUUUAACUCUGUGCUGUGGGAGAAAGCGCUUUAUUUUGUCUAUCCUGAAUCUCCCAGCUUACAGCUUCUUUAGAUAUCCCCAAGUUCUAGUGUCAAGUCCUCUCUCUACCGUUCUGUAACCCCUUGGGGUUUGCAUGCCUACAGCAAACAGGGGAAGCUGGAUGUUGACACAUCCCUCUUGCCCAUAGGUGCUGCUGCUGCUGUUUUGGCUACGUAAGCAGCGGCACUCAAACCGGAAAAUAGAUGGGAAUGAUUAGAACAGAGUAUUAUCAUUGGCACAAUUUGCUCCAGUUGUGUAAUAUGCUCGGAGCGCCUGUUAUGAAAUUCUAUUUGAGCUUCUCUUGUGUAACUGGUUAACUCAGAGGCCGCGUCCUCUGAUGUCAUCCAAGAACUCUUCCUCUCCAACUUCCCCCUCGAAUGCUUAUUAACUGCAGUCAUGCCGGCUAACUGCACCUUUCAAAUGCAUCGCUAAAGCCUAUACAGCUCGGGUGUAGGGGCACCUUCUAAAUGAUGAAAUGGAUUUUAUUUUUAGCUCUUCACUAAUCCCAGAGGCAUGAUAGCCCAUCUCAUGCAACGUGUAGGGAAGGAGGAAGGGAGAGGAGAGGCCAGCGACCCUGGAAGCGUUUUCACAGGUGCCUGGGCCGGGGUGGCGGGGCCAGAGCAUGACAAAUGUUUCAAGUAUUUCAGGCACAUUUUUACAUCUUAUUAAAUGGGGAAAUAAUAAAGCCAUAAGCUAUCUCAGUCAAUAUUGCUGCAAUGAGUUGUAUCACAAUCACAGGUGGACCUGACUUUAGGAAAAGAAACCUGAAGAAUUAGCAAUUGUUCAAAGCAAAAAUACAGAACGUGUUCAGAACAUCAGUCAGCAUCCCUCCCCACACAAAUAAUCCCUGUGGGGUAGGGGGGGCGGAGUUCCAUUCUCUCUGUGUUCCUCCCACAAUUUAUACAGUCUAUGUAGGAGUUUAGCCUGAGGAAAUAGGAUAGCCCGUUCAUGCAUAUGGGUUUUUAUUUUAUAAUAUAAAGGUAGAAUAUUUGUGCUGACACAUGGAACAGGAAGAGUGCACAGCUACAAACAUAGGGAGGAAUUCAAGGUUGCACUGCUACAAAUGAUCAGUUUCUGCUUGCCUGGUGGAACAAUCUCCCCUCUCCUCUCCCUGUGUGGUAGUUUGGGAGAUCUCCAGAACAAGUUUUUGUGGUUUUUUGCCGGGGAGGCAGGGUGUGAGGAAGGAGUUGGCAAGCCCCAUUGUGCAAGGGGAAAUCCUUGCGGAUUCACUGUGUUCCGUCCAAAUUUCCUGCCUUAUUGGGAAGCAGUGGCAGCUGAUGCUUCUAGGGAAAAUGGUCUUGGUACUCACUGUAACAGCUUCAUGCUAAGUACCACACUUUAAACCAGGGCUUUUCUUCUAGAAAGAAAAGGUGCCAGUUCUGUGUACUCCUUGAGUACCCCCAGAAAAAAGCACUGGUAAUAACAAACAAAAUAAUAACCCCCCGCUCCAGUUUAAAAGGCCAUAGAUUGCUUAGACUCACUUUAAUCAAUGGGACUUGAUUUUGAGUCUGGCUCUCACAUGGAGAUUCCCGUAAAUGUUGUGUGUGGAUUGCACAAAUGGCUGAUUUAAUUAUGCAACCUGGUUUAACCAAGCCGUAGAGACCAAUGCUGUGUACACACCAUACAUUUAAAGCCAUGCAGUUUGUAAAGGGUGGUGGGAAUGAUAGCUCUGUGAGGGGUAAACUACAGUUUCCAGGAAGCUGCUCUGGGAGAAACCAUGUGCUUUAAAUAUAUGGAGUGUAGUCAGCCUUUGAUGUGGGAAAGCUGAAGGGAUGUAAACGUAUUUGGAACCUUUCCAAAUCAAAUUUAAUUAGGAUUUGAAGAGAAAGGGAAUCCACUUGUCCCGGAUGCCGGAGAAAGGGGAAGCUUCAAAAAGCAGAGCCUCUUAAGAAAGGCCUGCCUGAUGUUUCACAGAAGGUAUGUCAAGAAUCUUGUGCAUGGACUACGGAGUGCAGGUCAGAGAGGCAGCAUGACAUAUAAUCCCAACAGGGGAUAUCUGCUCUCGAAGCUCAUUAGCAGAUUUCUCUGUGUGCCUAAUCCCAAUAUGAGAUACUUGCAAAGUAUCUUCUUACAGUCUUCCUUCCAUAGUUCAGAGCUGAUUGGAAGCCACUGCCCAUGGCCAUCAACCUCUCUGCCUAUUACCCCACAGUAGUGCCUUAUCAUCUUAUCUGCUGCUUGUGGGAACUAGCCUUAGGUAGGACUUGAGUCAGGAUAAGGAACUUGGCCAGGGGCAGCAGAAAGUGGAUUAGCCACUAUUUGGCAUCUGCUUCAAGCUGGUAGACCUUGAGAUUCUGGGGGCUGAAAAGAGUAGACCUCACAAGACUUAAGUCUGCCCACUGCUGAUCUGGAAGACGAUAAUAAUACCACUACUUAAGAGGGCAUAGCUAGCUAAGUUAUACUCAAGAGUAGACCCAUUGAAAUUAGCUUGUCUAUUAGCAGCUGCAGUCCCAAGGGCAAGCCAGGGAGUUUCUCCCACCCAAAAUUAGUUCUAAUGCAUCUAUUGGGGUUUUUUUGUUUGUAAGUCAUUUUGGGUUGCCACAGGCAAGAUAAAGCGGCUAAGCAACUUAAUAAGUGAUAAUAAUAAAUAAAAACAACUAUUUCAAAUGUCCAAAAAAAUACUAAAUCAAAACGUGUGUCAACAUUCUGCAUUCUAAUUAAAGAGGAACGCCCAUUUCUCCUCUGCAAACCUAUCUCGCUGUCAGUUUAACGCUGCUUAUAAUUACGUUUUGCAGACUUAUGGGCUGUGCUUCUUUCUGGAGGCUGCGCUGGAGUCCUGGCCUGGGGCACGGCCACCCCGAUGGAUGUCAUCAAAUCCCGGAUGCAGGUGGAUGGCGAGGGCCUGCGCAGAUACUCGGGAUUAGUACACUGCGUAAGGGACAGCGUAAGAGAAGAGGGGGUGAGAGUCCUCUUCAAAGGCCUCGGACUAAACUCCAUCCGCGCUUUCCCUUCAAAUAUGAUGGUGUUCUUUACUUACGAAGGUGUGCUUAGGCUAGGCGAACGCUGGAUGAAAUAA